AUGACAGAAGAAAGCAAAAAUAAAAGAGUCUUACCUUGGCAAACUGGAGGCUCUCAGCCCGCUCAAAAACGAAAUGAAAAGAAGAAGACCAAAAAGGUCGAUGAAAUUGUAAAAAUUGAGAAAAAACUUUCAAGCCUAGGAGCAGCUCUUGAAAAUCAAGCCAACAGAAAAGGAAAGAACAUUAUUUUGCAUCAUCCUAUUACCACUCAAGAUUUUUGUGAAAACCCUUCCAAAAUUUCUGAACCUUCUCCUAGAAAAAUACAUAAAACUUCAAAAUAA